UCUCGCGAGUUGUUACAGGCUGUCAGGGACGCCAUGAAAGCUCACCGUCGAGCUUGGGAAGUUGGCGUCUCACAUCGGGAUGUGAGCACUGGAAAUGUGCUUAUAUCGGAACGACCUGAAGACAGGCUACGAGGAUUCCUUCGUGACUUCGACUACAGC